GCUUCAACCGAGCUGGUAAUCAGUGCCGUUUCCGCGGCAGCAGCGGCUACCACGCGCCAGAUUAUUUUGGAUUACGCAUUGAAACCCGUGGGACCCGUCGACCUGCCUAGCCGGUCUUCUCUCUCUCUUCCUUUUUCUUUUGCUUUUUCCUUUUGCUCUUUCUCUAUCUCUCUCUUUCUGUCUAUCUUUUUGUCUUUCUCUUUCUCUCUCUCUCUCUCUCUCUCUCUCUGAAUCUCUCUCGCUCGCUCGCUCGCUCUCUAACAUACACACGCGCACCAUUCGUGUUCUCUUUUUCUCCGUCUGUUUGCCUGUCCGCCUGUUUAUCUACCUGUGCGUUCCAUCCUAAAAACCUCGUCAUCAAAGUCUGUCGACCUACGUGUUACUUCUCCCCAUCAUUUUUGGAUUCACCUUAGCGCCGCGGUCUUUUUGUCGUGAGGAGAUAUAUAUGUAUAUAUAGGUAUAUAUAUGUAUGUAUGUAUAUAUGUAUAUAUAUAUAUAUAUAUAUCAGUGCUCGAAAAUCUUUCGAAAAAAGAAGAUCGAAGAUCCGAAGGGACUGUGUGACAGUGCCGAAAAUAUUCCCUGCAAUGCGUCCCAUCGAUAUGCCCUAAUGUUGGAUAAUUUUCAUUUGGAUGUCGGAGAAGUUAUAUCUUCGAUGAUUCCAAUUUAUUCGAAUAAGGAUAGGGCAAUUUUUGAGGAGCGUUCUAUUCCAAGGAUUUAAUGAUAACGUUGGUGAUAAAGAGUCGGAGGAUGAUCGGUUAAUGCAAUCAUCCGUAUUGCUGAUCACAGUAAUGAGUAACUUGUGGUUUCUGAUAAGAGACACAGUGCGUCAAAAGUUUCGGAUGUUGUUAUGUUUUUACUCGGCGAGAUCGAUCUCGACGAUACAGUGAACUGACAGAGUCGACAAACUCUACCGAGGAUAAUCAAGAAGAGACGAUGACGAUAACGUCAAGGUUUAACGAUAGUUUUAUCGCAAAGAAAAAAUAUUGUUCGAUCGGUUAGAUCGAUUUAAUCGAUCGUCGAACAGGAAAUAUAAGGAAUAAAAUGAAGAAAACGGGAUCGAUAUCGAUCUUAAUUGUAAAUGUAUGCCCGUUGGAUCGUAAUGAAAAGGAAAUUUAUUGAGUACUAGUAAGGAAGUACGCGUAAAAGGUUCUCGUAAAAAACAAGAGGAGAGAUUGAUCGAAAGGGAGAACCCGUCGGCUAAGGCGGCCUCGGUUUGUUUGACCGAACGUACGCACACGUACGAAGAAACAAAUUCUUCGAAGAUCGUUCGAAGGUUAGAAGGAAAAAAUUAUCGAGCUGGAGCGUUAUGAGCAACGGCGAGGGUGUGGUGGCUGGGCAGGGUGCCGGGAGCGAUCGUCUUUGCGAGGACGUCGACAUGGCAACCCCAACGUCGGCGUCGUCGAAUUUGAAACCAAGAAACGGUAAGAUCAGCUUUAGCGUGGACGCUUUGCUCAGCGGCACGAAGAAGUCUGCGGCGGCUGGUGGCGGUGUCGGUGGCGGCGGAAAUGGAAAUUUUAAUAACGCCAGACGAGACAACGAGGAACGAAUGGACAUUGAAAAGAAUCUAGAGAUGGAGGCUAGAUAUAGGGAAUUAUUAUUGGAACAACAAAGAUUACAGAGCAGAGAACUCUUGGCAAGGCUAAGUCCUCACGGUUCGGUAUUAGCGGCGUUUGGUAAUCAUCAUCAUCAUCAUCAUCAUCAUCACCAUCAUCAUCAGAAUCGAAUACAGGAGCAGGAACAACAUCAUCCGUCGGCCGGUCGACAGGAGAUUCUUACAGUUAAGGAUUUCUCGAGGUCGACCAGUCACGACAAAUCAUCCUCGCCCAUCAGAAUAGACCAGGAAGUACAAAGGGAUCGUGGCGGUGACGAUCGACGAUUAACAACGGACUCGCCGAUCAGUAGAAUCUCCGAAUCAACGUUGCAAAGAGAACGGGAGAGGAUUCAGGAUGACGAAGACUCGAGAAUCGAGAGAAUGACCAAUCCGCGUUCCGUAUCGCCAGUUAGUAGGCGAGAAAUGUUAGACGAUCGUAGCGAUUCCGAGGCGAAUCGUUCUCUCGAAGGUGACAGAACGACGGAUCAUCUUGAUCUCGAGGAUCAAGAGAUACGAAGCGUCGGCCAGUCGGAAGAUCUCAACGUAAUGGACUCGGACUGUGAACUGGAGAGAGAUCUCGAGACCGGCCAAGAGAAGGAGGAGAAGUCGAGUCCGGUAGUGCCUCAGCCAAUACACCCUGGGGUCCAAAGGCCCUCGCAGGGAGGGCCUUACCUAGCCGGUGCACCCGGCGCUCCUGGAUGGAAUCCUGCAGGAUUUCCGCAUUCGCUCGCGAGCUUUGCCUGGUUACCCCCACCCCCUCAUCCACAUAAUCCUCACGGACAUCUUUACACGCCCCACGGUGGACCCACAAGUCCCAACGGUGACCUAAGAUUACCAGGUCCAGGUCCAGGCCCGGUACGUUGCACCCUACGGAAGCACAAACCAAAUAGAAAACCGAGGACGCCAUUUACCACGCAACAGCUGUUGUCUUUGGAGAAAAAAUUUCGAGAGAAGCAAUACUUGACGAUAGCCGAACGUGCGGAAUUCUCGUCGUCCCUUCAUCUCACGGAAACGCAGGUGAAGAUCUGGUUUCAAAACAGACGUGCGAAAGCGAAGAGACUCCAAGAAGCAGAGAUAGAGAAGCUUAGAUUAUCGGCAAGGCCCCUUUUGCACCCAAGUUUCGGUUCGGGCCUGAUGUUCUCGGGCGUUGGUCCUCCUGGUACACCAGGAGUGCCACCCUUUAUCGCAGCGGCCAUGGCUAGGCACACCCAUGCGGCCGCCGCGGCGGCCAUGUUCAUGGGGCCCCCUGGACACAGGCCUUAAUAAGGCGGACUCGUUCGACCUUCGUCGUCGUCUUCGUCGUCAUCAUCGUCGUCGUCGUCGUCGUCGUCGUCGUCGUCGUCGUUGUCGUCGUCGUCAUCGUCGUCGUCUUCGUCAUCUCUUGCGGUUGGCCCAACUACAACCAUCCGAACAGUUUUAGUUUACCGGAGGAACUCGUACCGAAUGGGACAUUCGUUAUUCGGAGUUAUUCUCCAAAGUGUGAUCCAUUUCAUUAUCUCGUACAACCCAUUUUCCUUAUUCCAUUUCUUUCGACCGUUGACCUUUCGAUCCCCUUUUUCACAAUUCAUCUGACAAUUUUUUAAGACACAACGAGAAGUAGUAGAGGGGAGAGGAACGACGAGAGGUUGUGAAAAAAAGAUAAGAACGAAGUUUGCACGGUUGCUCGUUUGUCGCGAAAAAGCAAAUUCUUCUUCUUCUAUUUUUUUGUACUCUUUUCUUUCUCUUUUCUUUUUACGUACGAGAUCGACCUUGUCUGGGACCUCUCCUCCUUCGUCUUCUUCUUCUUUUUCUUCUUGUCCUCCUCCUUCUUCUCUUCGUCCUUCUGAUAGUGUACAACCAAACGUUCUUGUGGAAAAAUAGAAGAAGAGGGACGUGUGUAACGUUGAUUAGAUAUAAAAGCAAGAUCCAAUUCGAUAUCUCGAAGAUUAGAAAAAGAACAUUUGCCAAGUUUAAUAUCGAACGAUCGGCAAAUUAAUCUUAAGGAUAACGCCGAUCAAUUUUUUUUUUAUUCUUUUAAUUUUUUUCGGGUUCUCUCUUUUUUUUUUUUAACGUAUAUAUACGUAUACGUUUGAUUGAGAAAAGUAUCAUCGUCUUUUGUGCUUUCGGUGAUCUCGUCGUUAUUAAAAACCCGAUUGAACUCGAACUCGACUUAACGUUCUAUUUGUUCAACGACAAAAUUUCUGAUCGAUCGUUCACCGUGUAGCAUUUAUUCGUGGCAUUUUUUGAUCUCGCGAUCUCAAGAAUGGAAAAUUAACUAAGUUGGAGAGAGAACGGUAGGAGGAGGAAGGAGAAAGAAGAAUGAAAAAAAAAAGAGAGAAACAAAAAGCAAAGAGAAAAAAAGGAAAAUCGUAGCGUGAGAAAAGAAAGAAAGAAGAGAAAGAGACCAGACUUUCUUGUGAAUAGAAAAGAGACAAAAGAACAAAUAAACAAACAAACAAACAACACCCGUACGGGAGAAACCAUAAUGCACAUAAAUGUAAAUAAAAAUUUCUCUCCGUUCGCUCGAUAAUCGAUAGGUAUGGUAAUAUGUAUAAUACGUAUGUACUUACGUGAGUGUACUUAUGUGUAUAUAGGAAUGUGUCGUCUUAUGUGUGCGUGUGUGUGUGUGUGCGUCUGUGCGCGUGUGUACAAUACGAUUCAAUUUCGAUGAAAUUUGCAAAAGGAUUAUAGAUCAUCCUAACGACGAUAAUCUGAACCCGUAAAAGAGAAAAAAAUGAUGGGUUAACGAAGAAGACGAAAAAAAGGAAAAAAGAGGAGAAAGAAGAAGUAGAAGGAAAAGAAAAGAAAAAGAAAAAAAAAGGAUGGGUUUGCGAGGGAUGGAGGAGCCAUAAGGGAAAGGGAAAACAGAAAACGAGAGACUCGUUCUCAUUCGUAAUUCGUAUAUUUCGUAUUUACUACCUAUUUACGUAUGUAAGUAAACAAAAAGAAAUACUUACGUAGAUGAUGCCGAUUUUUAAGAUUCAAUGACGGAAUCAAACGUUUCAAUCACUUUCAAACGCGAGUAAAAAAGAAUCGAAACCGCGAACACAUUUGUAGUUUGUUGAAUAAUAGGUGAGAACACUAUCGUUUUAUUGUUUAACGCGUCUCUCGCGAUGUGUAUAUAGUAUAAAAGAAACGAAUUUCUUCAUUUAUGAGGAAGAGACACCAUGGAGACUUAAUAAUUGGGUGGGCAACGAAAGAGAAACGAUGAAGGAUGAUAAUACGUUUGUAUAUAAUCUGAUUGAGAUGUGUGCGAUGUGUAUGCGUGCGUCUGAGAGAGAGAGAGAGAGAGAGAGAUAAAAAGAUAGAUAGAGAUAGAAAGAGAGAGAGAGAGAGAGAGAGAGAGAGAACGGAAGAACGAAAAUGCAGAUAAAACGUUGUAAAUUAUGUAUGUAUCUACGUGUACGAUCACGGAGAUCCGCCGUCAGUAAAAAAAAAAAAAAAAUAAAAAUUGAUUUAAAGAUAUUAAAUAAGCGCGAAAUGGUUCACGAAUCGUAACCUAUGGCCGCUCUGUAUAAAUGUAAUAACAUGGUAAUUUAUCCACAAGAAAUACACAUAUUAUAGCGAAAUAAAAAUCUGAUUUCAAUAAUUAA